UUCUUCUUUAGUGCACGUAUACUCUAUAGGGUACAUGAGCCAUGACCCACACAAUCAAAGAUUUUUUAGCUAUCUUAGUUUAUUUACAUUUAUGAUGGUAAUACUAGUUACAGCUAAUAAUUUUUUAUUAAUGUUUGUAGGGUGAGAGGGUGUAGGUAUUUGCUCAUAUCUGUUAGUUAGUUUCUGGUUUACUAGAAUAGCAGCAAAUCAAAGCUCUAUCUCUGCUUUAUUAACUAAUAGAGUUGGGGAUGCCUUUUUUAUGAUAGGUAUGUUUGCUAUAUUAUGAUCUUUUGGUAAUAUAGAUUAUAGCACUGUUUUCUCAUUAGCUCCUUUUGUUAAUGAAAAUAUUGUUACAAUUAUAGGAGUAUGUUUAUUAAUAGGAGCUAUGGCUAAAAGUUCUCAAAUAGGGUUACAUGUGUGAUUACCUAUGGCUAUGGAAGGGCCUACACCAGUUAGUGCUUUAAUACACGCUGCUACAAUGGUUACAGCUGGUGUAUAUUUACUUAUGCGUACAAGUCCUUUAAUAGAAUAUAGUUCAACUGUUUUAAUUUUAUGUUUAUGAUUAGGUGCAAUAACUACUGUUUUUAGUAGUCUUAUUGGGCUAUUCCAACAAGAUAUUAAAAAAGUUAUUGCAUACAGUACUAUGAGUCAAUUAGGUAUGAUGGUUAUUGCAGUAGGUUUAUCUUCAUACAAUCUUGCUUUAUUUCAUUUAGUUAAUCAUGCUUUCUAUAAAGCACUGUUAUUUUUAGGUGCGGGAGCUGUAAUUCACGCUGUAUCUGAUAACCAGGAUUUUAGAAAAUACGGAGGAUUAAGAGCAUUCUUGCCUUUAACUUAUUCUGUUAUGCUGAUAGCUAGUCUUAGUUUAGUUGCAUUCCCUUUUAUGACAGGGUUUUAUAGUAAAGAUUUUAUUUUAGAAUCUGCAUAUGGGCAAUUCUAUUUUAGUAGUACAGUUGUUUACUUUAUUGCUACUAUAGGGGCAAUGUUUACUACUUUAUACUCGGUUAAAGUUUUAUAUUUAACUUUCUUAACUAACCCGAAUGGGCCUUUAACUAGUUAUAAACACGCACAUGAAGGAGAUAUCUUUAUGAGUCUACCUUUAAUUAUAUUAGCCAUAUUUUCUAUAUUCUUUGGUUAUAUAGCUAAAGACCUUUUUAUAGGUUUAGGUUCAGGAUUUUUUAUGGAUAAUAGUUUAUUUAUACAUCCUAUGCAUGAAACUAUGCUAGACACAGAAUUUGCUGUACCUGUUUUAUUUAAAUUAUUACCUCUAAUAUUUACUAUUUCUCUUAGUUUUUUAGCUAUUAUUUUAUCUGAAUUUUUACCAUUAAGUUUAAUUAAUUUUAAAUUAACUAGACUAGGUUAUAAUAUUUUUAGCUUCUUUAACCAACGUUUUUUAAUUGAACUUUUAUAUAAUAAAUAUAUAACAGGGUUUGUAUUAAAAUUAGGAGGUCAAACUACAAAAGUUUUAGAUAGAGGUAGUGUAGAACUAUUGGGACCUUAUGGUUUAGAAAAAGGAUUAGUAAAUUUAAGUAAAAAAAUAUCUAGUUUAGAUACAGGUGUUAUUACUAGUUAUGCUUUAUACAUCUUAAUAGGAUUUAUAUUUUAUAUAUUAAUUCCCUAUUUAUCUAUGUUUGAUUCUAGUUUACUUAUAUUAAUUCUCUUACCUUUAUUUAGUACAAUAAAAAGUUAAUGUUUAAUUUAAUACAUUUAACUUAAGGUUUUUAUUAUUAAGUAUUAUUAGAAAAAAGUUUUUAAAAUUUUAUUUUCUUAAUAAAACUAA